AUGAGCCACCUCAUCGACCGAUGCGGCGCACAAGGUUUAUUCGCACAUAACCAGUUUAUUGAUCUCCAGAACUUAAUUCGAUGGCAAUCAAUUGCAGAAGGCGAUGUUUUGGCGCUGGGAAUUCGCCUCGCCACCGAGCUAUUGCUCGGGAGAUACGAAAUGCCUAGUGCUACCGAUCCCAGCUGCCUCCUUGCAAAGCAUGAGCUUGGACUGAUUUCUGAGGCACGAAAACAGCUUCAAACCUUCAAGGGAGGCCAUAGAAGCGCAGACUACAACAAUUACUUGUUGCCCCGAUGCAGAACCAUCGUGGAAGCAAUCGGACAUCGAAUAGCGUAUGAAGCAGCACGCGAUGCGGGAUUACCGCAGGACAUCCUUAACUUAUACGAAGCUUCAGCGAUAGAAUCGGACAUGAGCUGGUACGUUGAGAACCAGGAAAUUACACGUAUGCGUCAUUUCGAAAUGGAAAACACGGCUAUGAACAGCCUCAUUCCCCGACUGGAUACUCUUCUUGAAGAAACAGGAGCCGCCCAGCAUUGUACAGCACCAAUCGUCUCCCAAGAGAAAUGGGCCAAGUUUGUUGAAGAUCUACCUGUUAUAUCUGGAAACGCAGAGUACGAUUUGGGAAUAGGGCCUGUCGUCGUCACUACCAAGGGUAAAAUUGACGAAACGCAAUCUUGUCUGGGACUUCGCGUGCUCUGGAGGAAAUUUCAACGGCUUCGAAGAGCCUUCAUAAGUAAACGAUCGAAUCGUGAAGAACCAGUCCAGUCCAAGGUUGACGUCAAAUAG